AUGAUUUCAAAUGAAACUGAUAUUGAGAAUGUGCUUCUCUGCUAUCCACUCCAGCCGGACUCCUGUCCCAGAGCUCAUCGACUUACCAUCCUUAGAGUGGCAAUGUAUGUUUUCAUGCUGCUGAUGAUCCUCACAACAGUUUUUGGGAACCUGCUGAUCAUCAUCUCCAUCUUUCACUUCAAACAGCUACAGUCUCCAACUCACAUGAUUGUUCAGUCGCUGGCAGCUUGCGAUUGUCUGCUGGGCUCUUUGGUCAUGCCGUACAGCAUGGUGCGAUCUGUUGAAGGCUGCUGGUAUCUGGGAGAUGUUGUGUGUAAAAUUCAUUCUAGUUUGGACAUGACUUUCAGUAUCUCUUCCAUAUUGCAUCUCAGUUUAAUUGCUAUCGACAGGUACUGGGCCAUUUGUGACCCUCUGAGGUACAAAAUGAGGAUCACAAACAGCACUGUGGCUGUAUUUAUUACCUUCACAUGGCUGUUUUCAUUUGUGUAUAGCUUUUCUGUUGUGUUUACAGGGGUAAACAAUGUUGGUUUGGAAGAACUUAUAUUGCAGAUUUCUUGUUUUGGUGGCUGUGUUUUGUUUUUUAACAAAGAAUGGGGCCUAAUUUGUGCACUUUUUGUGUUCCUGAUUCCAGGAACUAUCAUGAGCUCUCUGUACAUGAGCAUCUUCAAUGUAGUGAAAAAACAUGCAAAAGUCCUGUCAGAGAAAGUGUCUGUUGCCCCCACUGUAGGCGGUAAUUGCCAAACCUCUUCACAGAGAGAGAGAAAAGCAGCUAAAACUCUGGCCAUUGUCAUGGGUGUUUUUUAUUUCUGCUGGCUGCCUUUUUUUACCGCCACUGCUAUUGACCCUUUUCUUAAUUUCGUGACUCCUGGUGAUGUUUUUGAUGCUUUGGUUUGGUUUGGAUACUUUAACUCCACUUGUAACCCAUUGAUCUAUGGUUUUUUCUAUCCUCGUUUUCAGAAGGCCUUUAAGAUUCUCAUAUCUACUUAUAUCUGUGGUGCCAGUGAGACACACACCUUGACAUUUGAAUGA